AUGCGAGCCUCUUUACUGUCCAUCGUCGUGGCUGCGACUACGCUGGCCCAUUCGGCGCUCGCAGUCAAGGGUGUCAUUAGCGACGACAUAGUUACGGACUCUCAAGGCUGCAACUCGCUCUGCGGGUUGAACAAGGAUUGCUUCGCGGUACUUUACGACUCGGAUUGUCAUGAGUGCUGGCAGCUGGACUGCCAUCCCGAUACCCAACCUGCCGGAGGAUUACACGCCACUGGAAAGUCCACCGAUAAGCCUGCGCCGAAAUGCGAUGGCGUCACGUUCCCUACGAAACCUACGGUUUGCAAGAAGGACAAUGCAUCUAAGACGACGAGCGCGGCGGGUGGCUCAACGAGUACACAAAGCGACAGUGCGGCUAGCCCGACGGCCACGGAUGAGAAGAAGUCUGCUGGACGGCGAAUGAGCAUUUGUUGGGCGAUGGGUGGUGUUGUUGUGAUUGCUGUUUUGGCAUCUGUCUAA